CCCCACCCCACCCCCUCUAGCACGCGGCCCAAUGACAGAAUACCACCAGCGGACGUGCUUGGGUCCCGACGCGGCCAGCCCGAUGUCGUGGGGCAGCGCUGAAGAGGGCGCUGACGAGGACGAACUGCGGGAGGCGUGCGGUGUCUUCGGUUGCGUGGUGGCCAGGAACACGCCAGAAGGAAGUGUCAAUGUGGCGCAGGUCAUAUACUUAGGUCUGGUGGCUCUGCAGCACAGGGGCCAGGAGAGCGCGGGCAUCGUCACAAGCGAGGGCGUCGGGUGCAAACAGUUCCACUACCACAAGGGAGAGGGCCUCGUCGCCUCCACCUUCAAGGACGAGAGCCUGCAGAAACUCAAGGGGCACCUGGGCAUCGGGCACACCAGGUACGCCACGAUGGGAGGCUGUGACCCUAGCAACAUCCAGCCCUUUAUGGUGCACACUCGCCACGGCCCAUUCGCAACGGCUCAUAAUGGGGAACUCAUUAACGGGGUCGCGCUCAGGAAGACGGUCCUGGAGCGGGGCGUGGGGCUCUCGACGAGAUCCGACUCCGAACUGAUCACGCAGAUGCUGUCCCUCACGCCACCUCGCGGGGAGAAGGACGGGCCUGAUUGGGGGGCUCGCAUAAGGCACCUCAUGGAAGCCACGCCCACGGCCUAUUCCCUCGCCCUCAUGCACGAGGAUAAGGUGUACGGGGUGAGGGACCCCUUUGGUAACAGGCCGCUGUGUAUCGGGCGCCUCGUCUGUCUCUCUGAUAAGAAAGAUAAAGACAUGCCCCAAUCAGAAACAGAAGGAUGGGUUCUCAGCUCGGAGUCUUGUGCCUUCCAGUCAGUUGGCGCCACUCUCAUACGGGAAGUAUUUCCCGGGGAGAUCAUAGAGCUGAGUCCCGACGGCAUUAGAUCUCUGGACAUUGUGCCGCGUCCGAAACCUGCGAAGCCGAUCAAGGUGGGAUACGACCAGACAAUUAUUCCUCACAUGCUUCAAAUACCUCCUCCGGCCUUUUGCAUCUUCGAAUAUGUCUAUUUCUCGCGUGCCGAUACCUUUUAUGAGGGACAGCAAGUAUACAGCGUUCGACAGCGGUGUGGUCGUCAGCUUGCUAUUGAAACUUCUGUUGAAGCUGAUAUUAUUUCUACUGUACCGGAAUCUGCUACCCCGGCUGCUAUGGGAUAUGCGUUAGAGGCAAGACUAUAUAUUUUU